AUGGAGAAGCUGAAGUCGUCUUUGUGGCCACCAACACAUGCUUACAAGGAAGUCAGAACCAGUCAAUCGGACGAUGAUGAGCGACAACCAGAGGAGGAGACGGACGAAAAUCUGCGAGAGCAGAUAGCAGCGCUGGAGAGCAACGCAUGGUGUCUACGCGUGAGCCUGCUCAUCACUGUCGUAGCGUUGCUGUUAGUGACGAUUUUCGCGGUGUUUGAUCGGGUUUCGUACGCCCAAGACGUCCACAAAUGCGGCCACAUUGGAAGCGACCACAGCGGUUUUGUACCGCCUGAAAUCGGCGAACCGGGUAGAUGGACAAUAUUCGACAAAUCAUCACCGUAUUACAUCGAGGAGGACACUUUCAAUGAUUUAAAUAAGACGAAACUGGUGGUUCAGAAGCUGAAGAGCUUGCACAACUCUUCCAACGUCUUGGUAAACGACAAUUUCGCAGACUGGCACAAACCAGACGGGACCGUUGCCAAAUUGCCGGCGUACUAUUCAACCGUCUCGUACCGACAGACAUACAUCAUUCGGUCAUUCCACCAGAUGCAUUGCCUGAUUUCAAUCACGGAGGAAUACGGCCAUCGCGUGCACAACAUCUCGUCACAAUGGGCUCCUCAGCACGUCGCUCACUGCCUGAACGCCAUCCGGGAGGCCAUCAUGUGCUUGGCGGAUGCGUCGCCAAUGACCUAUGUGAACGGCUUCGCCGUGGGUCACGUCACGGAUGACCAGAAGUUCAUGUGCCGGGACUGGUCGGCUCUGCGGAAGUGGGCGAAUGAUCCUGUUAGGGGAGUUCGGUACAAGAACAUGGCGCCUGAGGGGGCGAAGCACGAUAACUACACUGAGAUUAUUCCGUUUCCUAAGCUCUCUGAGUUGGAGGAAAUUGGACUCGCUUGA